AUGGGUGGUGAGAAUAACAAGAAGGGCAAGUCGAAGGUCUACGUCAGUCUACCCUCGCGUCGGGCGCGCUCGGGUGGGCAGAUGAAGACGCAGGAACGCAUUCAAACCAGCGCGGAGAAGACGAUGCGCAAGGCGCUUGUGGAAGGGCGGAGCAUCGCACGGCCUGGUUCAUACACUCAGGUCUACGUCGGCGGCCUCAUCCCGACUACUCAUCCCGAGCACGUCACGAGACACUUCGCCGAUUGCGGGCGCAUCCUCAACGUCGAGUUCGUCUGCCUACGCGGUACGGCCAACCUCCAGGGCAAGCCUCCGGCACGCGAUUUGCCUGGGCCGAUGCCUGGUCAGCUACCUACCCUGCGCCGCACUCUACGCCCUCGCCACAUCGAGGAGAAUGAGAAGCAGGUCGGGAGGCAGACCUGGAUGUAUGCCAUCGUUCACUUCGACGACGCUGCCUCUGCUGCUCGCGCGCUGGCCAAGAACGGCGACACACUUGGCGGUUUCGAUAAUACCGAGUGUGUCAUACGCGUCGUGACUUCUACUUCGGAACUAGAAGAGGUGCAAGAGCUCACCAACACAUUCGCUAUGGAUGAGCAGCCUGUCCCAUACAGUCGCGACUUGAAGCGCGUGCCUACGAGGAUCAACUCGUUUGUGGUCGGGCGCACCGAGUUCGCUGCUUGGGAGCUCUGGCGCCCAAAGGAGCAGGCGGUCGUGCAGGGCGCUGAGAGCAGCACACGCACGCUCCGGGCCAAGGCUACGGCUAACAGGGUCAAGUGGCUUCAGACCGAGGCGACCAUCCGGCCGAGCCAGAAGGCGGCCAUGGGUGGGCUCAUGAGUGCGGUGCAGAUGGGGCUCAAGGCGUUGUGCGGGAUCAGCUUCAAGUUGACUAUCGUGUAG